UUUUUGCUGCCUGACCGACGCCAUCAUGGGUCGCAUGCAUGCUCCCGGGAAGGGCCUGUCCCAGUCGGCUCUACCCUAUCGCCGCAGCGUCCCCACCUGGCUGAAGUUGACGUCCGACGACGUGAAGGAGCAGAUCUACAAACUGGCUAAGAAGGGUCUCACCCCGUCACAGAUUGGUGUGAUCCUGAGAGAUUCUCAUGGCGUGGCACAAGUACGUUUUGUGACUGGCAAUAAAAUCCUAAGAAUCCUUAAGUCCAAAGGACUUGCUCCUGAUCUUCCUGAGGAUCUCUACCAUUUAAUUAAAAAGGCUGUUGCUGUUCGCAAGCAUCUUGAAAGGAACAGAAAGGAUAAGGAUGCCAAGUUCCGACUGAUUCUGAUUGAGAGCAGAAUUCACCGGCUGGCUCGCUACUAUAAAACAAAGAGAGUCCUCCCCCCCAAUUGGAAAUACGAAUCAUCCACAGCAUCUGCCCUGGUUGCAUAAAUUUGUUUAUGUACUUGAGCAAUAAAACCAUUGUUUAACUA